AUGUUGCAAGCUGUCUUUCUCUUGCUUCAUCUUUCAAAGACUUUUAUUCCUCUCCAUGCCUUGGAUAUCUCCGAGUCUCAGCAAGCGGAACACGGAUGCCCAGAAAGCUGUUUCUGCUUUGAGAGUGUUAACGGUGGGCUGUUGGUCCGUUGCAGCAACAUGCAAUUGAUAACAUUGCCGCAUGGCCUUCCCAACAACACACAGCAUCUUUACCUGAACAACAAUCUGCUGGUUACCAUACCAACUGAUUCCUUUCUAGACCUCCCCCUGCUGUGCAAGCUAGAUAUUUCCCACAAUAGGCUAAACCACCUGGAGCCCGGAGCCUUCCGAGGUCUGGCAGACUCGUUGGUUAGCUUAGACCUUUCCUACAACCAGCUGGAGACACUGGACCCGAAUGUGCUUGGAGACAUCCGAGCCCAGACAAAUCUUUCCCAUAACCCCUGGCUGUGUGACUGCCGUCUGCAGCUGACUAUGCCACAAUUGCUCCUGGAUCCAUCCUCCCUCUCUGAGGUCAUGUGUAACAGUUCUGAGCCAGAAGAGUUGGGGGCUCAAGGUGUGCCCUUUAUUCUGAUAGCGACUGAUGUUGACUUUUGUGGGGCGCUUAGGAAAACCACUGACGUGGUUAUGCUGGUAACCAUGUUUGGGUGGUUUGCUAUGGUUAUAUCCUAUUUAGUUUACUAUGUGAGGUACAACCAGGAAGAUGACGAACGUCACAUAGAGUACCUCAAGUUUCUUCCCAGGGCCGGUCAGAAGAGUGUUUCGACACAUAGCACGUGGUUGUAA